CUUCUGCCCUAAGUCAUGAAUCACUACAGGCAAUGACCAAAAAAUACCCUGAACCCCAAAGCAAGCUGGUCAGGUCCUGCCGUGUGUUUUAUUUCAACCCUUCUCUGAUGGUCUCUGCACAGAUAACUCUUGAGCUGUACUUGGUCMGACUUGAAAGUUAAAGGAGUUGGGCAUCUUACAAGGAUCUGCCUGGUGGACGUAAUUUCCAAGUGAUUAAGAGGAACUGCAGAAAUGAAAUGUCGGUUGAACCAGACUCUGGUUCCACGUCAUUUGUAGGGGCUGAUUGCAGCUGAAUGAACCUGCUCAAAGAGCAGAAGAUGAACCUGCGUUCUGUAUUUACUGUAGAACAACAAAGGAUAUUGCAGCGUUAUUAUGAGAAUGGAAUGACAAAUCAAAGUAAAAAUUGCUUUCAGCUCAUAUURCAGUGUGCACAAGAAACUAAACUGGACUUCAGUGUAGUCAGGACGUGGGUUGGCAAUAAAAGGAGGAAGAUGAGCAGCAAGAGCGCGGCCGAGCCUGGGGGCGCUCCCGCCGGGGCUGGCCCUGCUGCGCCCUCCGUGCCGCCGGAGGCAGCCGUAAGGAAUGUGGUAAAUAUUGCGCGAUCCCAAAGCCAACAGUCUGCUUGGACCUCUUCUAAUAACGAUGUGAUAGUUACUGGUAUAUACAGCCCUGCCAGUUCGUCUGGCAGGCAGGGAUCCGCCAAGCAGACAAAUGCUUCAGUGGCAGAAAUGCAUAAAAACGCCAUCCCGAAACUGUCGGGAAAAAGCGAUGCGGAGUUUCAGCAGCAGCACAUCCCUAUAGGACGGCAAGUCCCGCAUUGUAAAAACGCUUCCCUGUUAGUAGGGGGAAAGACUAUUAUUUUGUCUAGGCAAACUAGCGUACUGAACUCUGCCAACUCCAUUUAUAGUCACACUAAGAAAAGUUACAGUGGUUCUUCAGUGCAGACAGCGGAGCUGGUGUUACCUCAGAAGCCGGUGAUUUGCCACAGGCCGUGCAAAGCUGAACCCGUGGGGUGCCCGAGGCUGCAGAAAACGGAACACGCAGCCCUUGCCUCCCACAUCCCGCUCGGCCAAAGGGCUGGCGCUAGGGACCCUUCCUGUAGCACCCAAAACCUGGAAAUCCGGGAGGUGUUUUCUCUGGCCGUGACGGAUCAAGCGCCGAGGGCGGUGGGCAGCGGCGCGGCGCAGAGGCCCUGCUCCCUGGAAGGCACCUGCCUCUCCAUCGCGAUGGAGACCGGGGACGUCGAGGACGAAUAUGCCAGAGAAGAGGAACUCGCCUCCAUGGGGGCACAGAUACAAAGCUAUUCGAGAUAUUGUGAAAAUAACAGCUCUGUUCGAGCGGAGAACCAAAGUGCAGCCUUGUCCGGGCCGGGAAGGAGCGCGAGCUGCAGCUCCCAGAUGGGGAAUGCCAGGGACGGGCCUGACAACGUGCUCUAUCCCCACAGAGACUACCACUUACCUGCACGGACCUCACUACAUACAGCGCCCAGUACGUUGUAUAACAGUGCUAAUCCUCCAAGAAGUACUUUUUCUCCUCAUUUUACAUCUUCGAGUCAACUGAGGCUGUCACAAAACCAAAAUAAUUACCAGAUUUCAGGAAACCUUACUGUGCCUUGGAUUACAGGUUGUUCCAGAAAAAGAGCAUUACAGGACCGCACACAGUUUAGUGACCGAGACUUAGCUACCCUAAAGAAAUACUGGGACAAUGGCAUGACCAGCCUGGGCUCAGUGUGCAGAGAGAAAAUUGAAGCUGUUGCUGCGGAAUUAAAUGUUGACUGUGAAAUAGUGCGGACGUGGAUUGGGAAUCGAAGACGGAAAUAUCGUUUAAUGGGGAUUGAGGUCCCACCCCCUAGAGGAGGUCCUGCUGAUUUCUCUGAUCAAUCUGAAUUUGUUUCUAAAUCAGCACUUAAUCCAGGAGAGGAAACUGCUACUGAAGUGGGGGAUGAUAAUGAUAGGAAUGAUGAAGUAUCAAUCUGCUUAUCUGAAGGAAGCUCACAAGAAGAGACAAGUGAUACUCUUCAAAAUGAAGAAAUGGGUCACAAAGAAGAUGACCAGAAUCCAGUAUCUACKGAUAACGUGAAAAUAGAAAUUAUAGAUGAUGAAGAAAGCGAUAUGAUAAGCAAUUCAGAAGUGGAUCAAAUGAGUUCUCUCUUGGAUUACAAGAAUGAAGAAGUCAGAUUCAUUGAAAAUGAGCUGGAGAAUCAUAAGCAGAAAUAUUUUGAACUACAGACAUUUACUCGCAGUUUGAUACUCGCUAUUAAGUCAGAUGAUAAAGAACAGCAGCAGGCACUGCUGUCAGACUUACCUCCCGAAUUAGAAGAGAUGGAUUUCAAUCAUGCAUCCCCAGAGCCUGAUGAUACCUCAUUCAGUUUGUCGUCUUUAUCUGAGAAAAAUGCCUCAGACAGUUUGUGAUUUUUGUUUUUAUGUUUUUUUAUUGACAAGAAACGUAGGUUUGAAAACAGCUUUUAGUUAUCUAACAUUUUACAAUCCAAACAAACAAAGAAACACAAGGUGAUGUAGACCUUGCUGAAGGAUGAAUAAUGGCUGCAGUUUGCAAUGACAGAACAUAAAGUUUGUUUUGGGUAAAAUGGAAGAACUGUGUGGGGGAAGUUUUUCAUUUUUGGUAGGAUGGCUUGUUUUUCCAGAACAGCUCUUGCUCUGGAGAAAAGUCUUUUUGGGCAGGGGUCCUGGGAUGGAAAACACAUGUCCUGUUCUACACCCAGAUAAUUGUUUAAGUGGCUUGCUAUAUAAGACUCACUAGUCCAGUUUAUUGUAGAUUCCUCCUUCCCAAUUCUUACUCAGGUAGGUUGUCUAAAAAUUGGGAAUCCACAUAGAAAAAAAUGGACUUUUUAUGAAUUGUCCUUGAGCCUCUUUGGAAAUCUGAAAUUAAACUAAAGUGCUUUUUAUUAUGUAGCUGCAAAUUGUUGAAUCUUCUGUUUUCUGACCAAAAUAACUGAAAAAAAAAACCUUUGAAAGGCUAACCAAAUAAUUUGAAUUAUCAUCAAUAAAUUAUUAAUAUACAAAGGCAGUCAUUAAGUUUUGUAACGAAUUAGAUUCAUACUGUAAAACUCGCUAGCUACAGAACAUGACUUUCUGCUACUGUCAUAGCAAUGGCAUUACAUAUGUUUACAUUAUUAUUUAAAGUUUUAUGAAUGUAGAGACAGAUUUUAUUUGGCAGAGCCUGAAUACUAAAGCUCUGAUCACCAAGUUUUAAACAUCAGUUAUUUUUUCCAUGAGCUUCUCUCUAGUUUUACCAGGACAAACUGUCAUCAUAUCCCAAAGUUUUUCUGGGUCUUUCUUACUGAGCUUUGCAAAUCAACUAAAUGAGACCUGGUUUAGAAGUAGCCUCUCUGACAUUUUUUUUUUUGGCCCAACCCAUAGUACAAUUGCCAUUUCUGAGCUGUGAACUCAAUUGCAGGCAGUGGCUGAAAGGAAUUUCUACAUCUGAAUACAUAGACAUGCAGACACUUUCAGAUAAAUUCAGCAGGGCAUGUAGGUGCAUGCCCACAUUAUAAAUGCUUUAUAACUUAUACUCUGAAUAUUCUCCUGCAAGCAUUUUUGAAAGAGACACUCUUGGAUCUUGUAUUAAACUUGAUCUUUCAUUUUUAUACCAAGUAGUAAUUCACUCUGGUGAUUUUUCAUUCACAUAGUACAGUAAGUAAUUUCAUUAAUUGCAGUGGGACUGUUCAGACUCUGAUUCUGCCUGCCUGAACAAAAGCAUCCUAAUUAAAAAUAAAUGAAACAAGCCCAAGCUGUAGCUGACAAAAUUCAGUGCAUGAAAGGAAAGGAAAACGGCAACUACAACAAUAAAAAUAAUAGUGGUCUCAUGAUCACAAAUAAGAUUAGUUAUAUUCCUUCUUAAUUGCUUAGGCAGAUUUUUUCUUUUUAUUACUUAGUUUUGUGCUUUUCAGAUUUUGUCCCCUCUUUUUCUCUGUUGUCCUUGGGCAUGGGGAACUUCUAACAAUAUUGUUAAAUGCCAACUGCAAAAAGGAUAGUAGUAAUUCUGAAAGCUAUAUUAAAAAAAACUUCUCAAAAUUCUGAUUACUGCACAGUUCAGUUAAUUCGUAGUCCACAGCAAGUCUUCCCAUGCAUUCAAACAAAAUAACCCUACAGAAAGUAAACUGUUGGGGCUGUGUGUCAACAGCUGGCCAUUAAAACUCAAAAUGGAACCUGYGGAGACAGAAAACCUACUAUGGUUAGACUGUGGUCUAUAUGGUCUAUAUAGA